AUGCUCUCCCGUCUCACUUCUUCCAUCGGUCGUAAUCGGAUUUCGGUUCAGACCCGUCAAAUGUCAUUCGAACUGUCUGACACUCAAAAAGAAGUUCAAGCUGCUGCAUUGCAAUUCUCGAAAGAUGUUCUUCUGCCAAAUGCUGUCAAAUAUGACAAAAGUGGAGAAUUCCCGUGGGAUAUAGUUCGUCAAGCUCAUCAACUUGGAUUCAUGAAUCCUAUCAUUCCUGAGAAGUAUGGUGGUCCGGGUAUGGAUGGUUUCAAUACUUGUCUGAUUGUGGAAGCACUUUCUUAUGGAUGUACUGGAAUUCAGCUUGCUAUUGUUGGUCCAUCACUCGCCGUAGCGCCAGUUUUUCUCUCUGGAUCAGAAGAACAAAAGAAGAAAUACUUGGGAAUGUUGGCUACUGAGCCAAUAAUUGCUUCAUAUGCAGUAACAGAACCAGGAGCAGGAUCAGAUGUGAAUGGAGUGAAGACAAAAGCAGUGAAGAAAGGAGACGAGUAUGUGAUCAAUGGAUCGAAAGCUUGGAUUACUGGAGGAGGCCAUGCUAAAUGGUUUUUCGUUUUGGCAAGAACUGAUGAUGAUCCGAAAGCUCCGGCUGGAAAAGCAUUCACUGCAUUCAUUGUUGAUGGAGAUACACCCGGAAUCACAAGAGGAAAGAAAGAAGAAAAUAUGGGACAGAAGUGUUCGGACACGAGAACAAUCACUUUUGAGGAUGUUCGUGUUCCAAAAGAAAAUAUUCUCGGUGCUCCUGGAGCUGGAUUCAAAGUUGCGAUGGGUGCAUUUGAUCUGACUCGUCCUCAAGUUGCCGCUGGUGCUGUUGGUCUCGCAUGGAGAUGUCUCGAUGAGUCAUGCAAAUAUGCUCUGGAAAGAAAUGCUUUUGGAACUCCAAUCGCAAAUCAUCAAGCUAUUCAAUUCAUGCUCGCUGAUAUGGCCAUCAACCUAGAGCUUUCUCGUCUCUACACAUAUCGAGCUGCUGCUGAAAGUGAUGCUGGUGGUGUCUCAUCCUACAAUGCAUCGAUUGCAAAAUGUUUUGCGGCGGAUACAGCAAAUAUUGCAGCUGCUAACGCUUGUCAGAUCUUCGGAGGAGCUGGUUUCAAUUGUGACUAUCCAGUGGAGAAGUUGAUGCGUGAUGCAAAGAUUUAUCAAAUCUACGAAGGAACUUCUCAAAUUCAACGAAUGGUUAUUGCUCGUACUCUUCUUUCCCAUUUCACUCAUAGUGGAACCAGUAAAAUGUGA